AUGGCAGAGAAGGAUCAGCAACAACAGACCUACCCUCCGCCGCAGGUCAAUCCAUACGGCCGCAACGAUGAAGAAUUGGCCUCAGUCUCCGCCGCUGAUCAUCGCCGCAAGAAGCGCACGAAAUGCUUCAUCUACAUCGCCGCCUUGACCGUGUUUCAAAUCGGAAUGAUACUACUAUUUUCACUAACAGUAAUGAAAGUCAGAGCUCCGAAGUUCCGUAUCCGGUCCGCCACAUUUGGUUCCUUCGAUGCUCCGCUAACAAACCCUUCGUUCAACAUCUCCAUGAUUGCUGAACUUGGGGUGAAGAACACGAAUUUCCGAAACUACAAGUACAGCAACAGCACAAUUGAUUUCUUCUACAAAGAUACAAAGGUAGGAGAGACCGUCAUUCCGAAGGCGAACGCUAAAGCUAGAUCAACCAGGAAGUUUAAUGUCAUAGUGGGCUUAUCAUCGGCAAAUUUACCAAGCAAUAGCCAGUUGGGAAGUGAUUUGGGUUCUGGGUCUUUGCCGCUGAGGAGCGAGUCGAGAUUGAGAGGAGAAGUGGAGCUGAUGAAAGUGCUGGUGAAGAGUAAGAAAUCUAGCAGAAUGGAUUGCACCAUGGUGAUUGAUAUAUCAAGGAGGGAACUCCAGAAUGUGGUGUGCAAAUGA